UCAGACGUUUCAACAGGAGAGGAGAGUUGUAAAACUGAUGAUCCUUCAGAAAAUAAACGUAGAAGGCUUGCAGAACCGUGGAAUGUUGAGAAGUGCCAAGAGAAGCUAAAAUGUUAUUAUGACACCUUCAGUAAGGUGAAAAUCGUUCCAUGGGACGAAAGCUGUUCCAUUGAAAUUAAUGAGAUCUACACAUCUCUGAGUUGGGUGAGAGAUCACAGGAGACCCAGCGGAGUGACACAAGAGGAACUUGAAGACUAUACCGACAUGUUCAUGGGAAAACAAACACGAAUACUUGUUUAUGGUCGGCCAGGAAUUGGUAAAAGUACGUUUUGUAAGAAGGCUGCAUAUGACUGGUCGAAAGCCUUAAAAGAAAUCCUAAUGAACUUUACCAUUUUGCUUCUGAUUAAGUUGAGAGAUGUGUGUGGUUUAGAAGACAUCCGCGAUGUUUUACGUGCGUCUAAAUUGCUGGCCAGUGAUGGUCCGAUCUCAGUUGAUAGUCUCUAUGAUUACAUAAUUAACAAUCAAGAUAAAGUGCUUCUUAUUUUGGAUGGCUACGAUGAGUACCGCUUUGCAAAAAAACACUCACCUAUCCUUGCAAUUUGGAAAGGCGAGCAACUAAGAGAUUGUCACGUUAUUGUCACCACGCGUCAACUUGAAUGUGACGAGUUAAGAGGCCCCAGCCACGUUCAGUUAGAAAUUCAAGGUUUCAAAAGCUGGGAACGAAAAGAAAGCUUUGCAAAAAAAAUUUUGGCAGAUGAAGAAGAUCUUGACGAGUUCAUGUCCUACCUGGAAAUGAAAGAUCUCGAAGACGUGGCAGAAAUACCUCUCCUCCUACUGAUGCUGUGUACUUUGUGGAAAGUGAAAGAUCACGAAGGACUGCCAAAAUCACGGGCCGACAUAUUCAUACAAUUCAUUCAAACCAUGCUACAUCACAAAGGUGAAAUUCAACUGCCUAUGCCAUUUCAGGAAAUGACCUCAACGGAAGCCAGAGAAGACCUUAGUAAUCUUGGAAAGGUUGCCUUUAAAGCACUUCUACAAGACCGUCUUUACGUACGCUGCAGCGAACUCCCCGGCAAUAUUUCAAGAAGUUUUGAAAAAUUAAGAGAAGUUGGGCUUUUCCAGAUUGUCAAUCUUCCGAGUCUCAAUCCUGAGAAAGGGGCCUAUUUCAUUCAUAAAUCCGUCCAGGAGUUCCUUGCAGCCUGGCACAUUAAGGAGGAGGUGUUAUCGAUGAAAGGAGAAAGUGCGCCUAGCCUUUCCAAAGUUGAAUCAUUUGAAAAGAUCGUGAAGAUGAAUGAAGUUCUGAAAUUUGCCUGUGAGCUGUCAACAGAAGCCGCUUACGCAGUUUUCCGUCAUGUAGCGUCUGUUGGAAGAGAGGAAUCUUUCCGAACCGAACCGUUGUCUCAACAUCAAGAACUUUGUCGUGGGCUUAUCUCGCACAGCUACUUUUGUUGUUCGGCCGAGAAGAGGCGAGAUCUCUGCUCAGUG